AUUGCGAAGGAAAGUUGAUCUAGGUCAAAUUAUGGCGCAAGGCUUCCCUUCAGACGACUUCCAGUGCGCGGGCUACAAUAGGCUACUGCAUUUUAAUGCGUCCUCGAAACUUUUCGUCUAGCGAAGACGGCGCUCGAUGCACUUAGGCUACUUUAACCUUUUGACUUGGGCUUAUUGUUUACAAAGUUAUGUUACUGUGUUAAGGGCAGAUAUAAUUGCAUAAUGCACUUCGUCUUUGUUUCGAUUUGAGAAGAUGAAUUUACUAAGUAACGUUUGUCGUAAAGUAAGAUGCAGGGAACAAUUUGUUCAUCAAGUGCAAUCCAAAUGUGCAAAAUCGUUUUGGUGGCACCAGGUUCGUAAGAAAUGUUCUCUUCCACAAAAUUUCACCUCAUACGAGACUCUACGGCAGCUUUACAACCCUCACAUUCCUGAGUUUUUCAACUUUGCCAAAGAUGUGCUGGAUGAGUGGGAGACCAAAGAGAAGAGGGGAGAGAAGUCAGGGCAGCCUGCUCUGUGGUGGGUGAAUGACAGAAGAGAGGAGGUCAGGUGGAGUUUUGAGGAGUUGGGGUUCCACUCCAGAUGCCUGGCCAACAUUCUCUCAGAGGAGUGCCAGCUCCAGAGAGGGGACAGGGUACUCCUGAUACUACCCAGAAUUCCAGAGUGGUGGCUGGUCAACAUUGCUUGUCUAAGAACAGGUACGGUCCUCAUUCCCGGUACCUCUCAGCUCACUGCCCGGGACAUCCUCCACCGUCUGCAGACCUCCAGGGCCAAGUGUGUGGUGACGGACGAGUCCCUGGCCCCCCUGCUGGACUCAGUGGCUCCACAGUGCUCCUCUCUGCAGUCCAAACUCCUCGUGUCCCCACGAAACAGAGAGGGAUGGCUCAACUUGGGAGAGCUCUUAAGGAGAGCGUCGGGAGACCAUGUUUGUGUGAACACAAAGAGUGAUGAGGCCAUGACUAUAUUCUUCACCAGCGGCACCACGGGCUCUCCUAAGAUGACCCAGCAUAGUCACUGUAGCUAUGGAAUAGGCCUCACUGUCAAUGGCAGGUACUGGCUGGACCUGACGCACAGAGAUGUGAUGUGGAACACCUCAGACACAGGCUGGGCCAAGUCAGCCUGGAGCAGCGUCUUCGCCCCCUGGAUCCAGGGAGCCUGUGUGUUUGUCCACCACAUGCCACGUUUCGAGUCAUCCACAGUGCUCGAGACUCUGUCCAAUUAUCCCAUAACUACCUUCUGCACUGCCCCCACUGCCUAUCGCAUGCUGGUUCAAGAGGACCUGUCCAGGUUCAGCUUCGGCAGCCUGCAGCACUGCCUGUGUGCGGGCGAGCCCAUUAACCCAGAAGUGAUGGGCAGGUGGAGGGAGGCCACGGGACUGGACAUUUACGAGGGAUACGGACAGACAGAGACAGUGUUAAUUGCUGGGACUUUCAAGGGGAUGAAGAUCAAGCCCGGAUCUUUUGGCAAGCCAUCGCCAGCAUACGAUGUGCAGGUCAUAGAUGAUGAGGGAGCUAUUGUGCCUCAGGGGAAGGAGGGCAGCUUGGCCAUCCGAGUGAGACCUCACAAGCCUUUCUCCCUGUUCACCGAGUACACGGACGAUGCCCAGAGGACUGCCGAGUGCUUCAGAGGAGACUUCUACCUGACCGGAGAUCGAGGACUCCAGGACGAGGAUGGCUACCUGUGGUUUGUGGGCAGGGCAGAUGACGUCAUUCUCUCGGCAGGGUACCGCAUAGGUCCAUUUGAGGUGGAGAACGCCCUGAUUGAGCACGACGCUGUGGCUGAGUCCGCUGUGGUCAGCAGCCCAGACCCAGUCAGAGGAGAGGUAGUGAAGGCCUUUGUUGUGCUGUCCUCUGAGUUUAAAACGAGAGACCAUGAUGAGCUCAGAGCCGAGCUGCAGGCGCAUGUGAAGAGAGUCACAGCUCCUUAUAAAUACCCACGCAAGAUUGAGUUUGUGAAUCAGCUUCCAAAGACAGUCAGUGGUAAAAUCAGGAGAGUCGAACUUCGAAACAAAGAGUGGGAAAGAGGAUGAUUCUUUUUAUUUCAUCUGUUUCAUAUGCCGUUUCUAUAUUUUGUAAAGAUAAACACAGUAAUUUGUAUACAUGUUUAGAUUAAUUCCAUGCCUGGUUGUUAAUGUCUCUGUCCUCUUGUGUUGUGUGUUUGGAAUGCAUUUGAUCUGUAUUGGAAUAAGAAUGCUACAGUUACUGCCUUCAACAAUACUUUGAAGUCCACGGCUGAAGUGCCCUUGAGCAAGGCACCUAACCCCUCACUCCUCCUUGAGUGCCGCUGGUUGGGCAGGCAGCUCACUGCUCUGGGUUAGUGUGUGCUUCACCUCACUGUAUAUUCACUGUGUGCGGUGUGUGUGUUCACUAAUUCACAAAUUGGGAUAAAUGCAGAGACCGAAUUUCCCUCACAGGAUCAAAAAAGUAUAUAUACUUAUACUUACUUAUACUUGUCCAGUUUACAGACAGUUCCCCUUUUCCAGUCUCUAGGUGGAGCUAUUUCUAUUCCACUCAGGAUACAACACCUCAUAUAAACACUUCACUUCAAAUGCAUAAUGAUCCAAGUGAUCAUCAUACUGUUACUGUAUGUGAAGCUUGUGUAGUGGGUCAGGCUUAUUUCAAACAAUCUGUUUGCAUAUUGUGCACACAGUUUAUUUUAAUUCAUAGAAAUCAAGCCAUUUUUUACAGAAACAAUGACAGAAAGGGUCCUUUGUGAUUAAAUUCAUAUCAAUCCAGAAGAGCCCUGAUUUCUUAGUAUAGAUGAUAGAUAGAUAGAUAGAUAG